AGAGGUAUUACAGUACGAGCACAGAAAUUCCUUACAUUCUUAGCCAGUAUGACGACAGCACAUCGACCCACCUGGACCCCCGCCAUCGGCGGUGGUACUGCUCGCGACCAGGGCAAGACCUUUCAAUACAGUAGUCGAGAUCUUCCUUCGGAGCUAACACUCAAAACCCGGAAGCGUGCACCGGGCGAUGAAGCUGACGAAUACGAUCGCUUGGAUCUAAAGGAAGACCUUCUUCGCAAGGAAAGAGAAUCCAGAGCCAAGCGACGAAAAGAGAAUGGCCUGGAUGUAGACAUCAUUCGUGAUGAUGAGAAGGAAAGCCUGCCAGGUGUUGGCAGUUCUGGGUUGAAUUUGGUUGAUGAUGCUACUGCGGCCCUUGAUGCAGAUGAUAAAGAUAGCGACGAUGAUGAGGACGAUUCGGAUGAUGACGACUCGGACGACGACGAAGCUGAACUGCUCAGAGAAUUGGAAAACAUCAAACGGGAACGUGCAGAGGAGCAGGCAGAAAAAGAUGCAGAGGAAAGGGAAGAGCAGGAUAGGAUCCGAACGGAAAGUCUCAUGCAGGGCAAUCCGUUAUUGCACGAGAACAGAGACUUUGCUGUUAAGAAAAGGUGGGAUGAUGAUGUGAUUUUCAAAAAUUGCGCGCGAGGGCUGAACGAUAAGAAGGAGCAGACAUAUAUAAAUGACACAAUUCGAUCAGAAUUUCAUCGUCGAUUCAUGAAGAAGUAUGUGCAGUAAGGAAUAUGCACGAGGAUCGAAUACACCGGAGUGUGGAAUCAUGGCUAGGUACGUGUAGAGGUAUUCGAGUACUCGACCUCAACGAUAUAGGCAUCAAUUGCGAGCAGCUCAUACAUCAUUUCAAAAGAGUCUGUCAAAUGUGAGGAUUCGCAAAUACCACAGACGCACGGAAUGCCAAUUGCAACAUAGCCGUGCCCGUCUCGAGCUUGGCGUUGCGAAUCCUUUAGCAAGUCUGAGGCUUCUUGAUUAAUUGCACCAACGAAUGCCGCUGACUUCGACAUGAUUGCUUGCUAAUCAGUAGCCAAGUAGCCGCCAAGUUACGGGGUCGCGAGGCAAGGCUUCACCCACGCCAUUGAUUAUACUGAUACAAUCUCGUCACCAAAGAAUACCAUUCACUAUGAACCGAGCUUAGGCACAUAAAAACACAGCUCGGAUUUGGACCAAAAUUGAUUUGUCGGGAUGUUUAUGACGGUAUCGUACCUUUGAACCAUACUGUUCUCACUGCUUGUUAUUCUCCAUCAACUUAGGUAGUUAUUAGACACUGAGAUAUAUGGAUGGUAAGGUCGGUGUAUGAGUUGUGUUCAUGUUUAAUGCUGGCUCUUCAUGUGAGUGCUAAUUUCACCCCCAUGUCUGCGUCGACGCCACUAUUCUAGUUGGUGUACAAAGAUAAACUCUAUUUACAAAUUUCGGCACACGUCAAUAGUGCAGGCGUUUACAGUAGUUUUGCUAUACUAUCAUUUGCUCGCCAUAAACCUUGCGCACGGUUGUCUGACAAAUGUUGAUGCCACGUUCUGGUCAUUUCUAAGUUCUGGAACUUUUCCUGCCGCAGUAGUCUCGCUUUAAAAGCCUGUGUGGGUACCUGGCUCAUCUCUCCACUAAUAAAUAGAAAAUCAGC